AUGACAGAUUCCGAUUCGAAUGUUUCUGGGAUGGAAGGAUCCAUUAGCAGCGAGGAUGUGUGGUCAACACAUUCAAAUGAUUGGGAGAUCAACUCUGAGGAGACUGAUCUAGAGGAGACAUUUAGGGAGAGAGUGGAUUACUCUCCGAUUGGCCAUCACACCCGUAGGCAAUUGGCGAAGAGUGGCGAGCUUGAGAAUGAGGACUCCAAAGAGGAGGACCCUGAAGAGGAGGACCCCGAAGAGAAGGACCUUGAGGAGGAGGAACCCAUGGAGGAGGAUCCCGAGGAGGAGGAUCCCGAGGAGGAGGACCCCGAGGAGGACCCUAUAGAGGAGGAUCCCGAGGAGGAGGAGCCGGAGGAGAACCCUAUAGAGGAUGAGGAUCCAGAGGAGGAGCCCAUGGAGUGUGAAUUUGAGGUUAUGCAGGAGCCUCUACUUGGUGGGAUACUAGAGGGAAUUCCACUUGGAUGGGAGCUUGACUUGGAUGAGGAGGAUUGGGCAUGGGAGGAUGAGCCGAAGGUAGAGGAUCCUAUUAAGGACGAUGAGCAGGAGGAGAUCAGCCUAGAUGGUUAUGAACCCCAGCCAAUUGAGGACUAUGAUACGGAGUCUACUUCUAGCAGCUCUUCCACCUCUUCCUAG